AUGCGUUCCCUGAGAAAGACGGUGUUGCUCGCCGUCCUGGUGUCCGUGGUGCUGGUGCUGGCCCUCCUCCAUUCGUGGCCCACUCGGGCUUACACCACAGUGGAUGUGUGGCAACGACCGGGGUCAAUUCUAGAGAGGCAUCUGGAGGAGAGGCUCCCAGAACCAGACCACAGAUUAAGCAACAUCCCCUUCCACGUAAGGGACAGUGUGGCAAGCUUGCUGGCACGUAACGGAUGUGUGUGUGAGGGUGAGAGUGGAGGAAUAAACCUGCCCUUCGCCCAACUCUUGUUCCCGCGGGUGUCAGCUCACCCGCUGCACACUGCCUUUGAGGCCUCUGAGCUGGAAGAAAUGAAGAGGAGACGGGCCAAAGAGUACAACAGUUUCCAAAAGAGGUCACAGACGCCUGCAGAUGUUCUCAUUAUUGCAGAGGCUAACAGUCCCUUACAGUAUCCAACACAGGGGGUGGAGGUACGACCCCUGAAAACAAUCAUCAUCCCAG